AUGGGAGAAUUGCAAGACAUGUUCAAGACGUUCAUGGGGCAACAGAUGCAAACCAAUCAGAAUCUUCAAAAUGCAGUGAACAAACUAGAAGUGCAAGUUGGGCAGAUUGCAUCCUCCAUGAGCAAUAGAGCAUCCGGAACUUUUCCAAGCCAAACGGAGGUGAAUCCAAGGCAUCAUGAGCAAGUUAAAGCAGUGCACAUCUUGAGAAGUGGUAAACAAGUUGAUAAUAAGGUUGGAGAUGCCCAUGAAGAGGAAGGAGAGGGAGAAAACGUGGAGAUCAUUCAGCCACCACAAUGGCAGCCCACAGAUUCCACCAAACAGCCCCUUAAUUCUCUAGGAAAGAGCACAGGCCCUAAGGUAUCAUCUAAUGCUAAUCAAGUUCCAAUUUCAUCUAAUGCUUUUAGGCCUAUUGCACCCUUUCCCAGCAGGUUAUCAAAGUCAAAGAAAGAUCAAGGCUUGGAUGAGAUAAUGGAAAUAUUCAAGAAGGAUCUAUGCACUAACAAGAGGAGAUUCACAGAGCAUGAACAGGUUGCAUUAAGUGAAGAGGUAAGUGCAGUGUUACAAAGAAAGCUACCUCAAAAGCUAAAGGAUCCAGGUUCGUUUUCUAUACCUUGUAUAGUUGGAGAUUUUAAGUUUCAAAAAGCUUUGCUUGAUCUUGGUGCAUCCAUUAACCUUAUGCCAUAUCAUGUUUAUGAGAAACUUAACCUUGGUGAGUUGCAAGCCACAUCUGUGAGCAUUCAAUUGGCAGAUAGAACUAUUAGGUACCCCAAGGGCAUUCUAGAAGAUGUUUUGGUGAGAGUCGAAGGCUUAAUCUUGCCAGCUGAUUUCUUAGUCUUGGAGAUGGAAGAAGCACCAAUUCCUGACAAUGAAUUGCCCCUCAUCUUUGGCCGACCCUUCAUGGCUACUGCUAAGACCACGAUCGAUGUAGCGCAAGGCACUCUCACCAUGACCGUUAAUGGAGAAACUGUUGCUUUCAAAGUGUUUGAUGCCACGAAUCUGCCAAAUGAUGUUCAAGAUUGUUUUCAAAUUGAAGUAUUGGGUGAUCCAGGGAAAGAGAGAUUUGAUGGUCUUCCAUAUUCACUAGAAGCAUGCUUGCUGCAAGGAGUAGACAAGGAGGAGCAGGGGGCUGCCCACAUGUUCAAUGCUACAAUUCCUACACACAAGAAGGGGCUGCCCAAAUUUGGAGAUACUCCAAUCACUCCUCCAGUUCAUUGCCAUUAUGUUCAUAAUCAUAAAAGGAAAAGGAAAGCAGCAAGGAAGCGAUGGAAAAAGAAAACAAGCUUGGUGAACAAUCUUGCAGUGCAUGAGGUUGAAGGCAGCAAGAGAUUGCUUUUGAAGCAAAAUGGUGCAAAACGUGCAAAAACUGGAUAUUGA